CCUCCUCGGCCGCGGCACGGCCCGGGCUCGGCGACGGCCGGCGGCAGGGAGGCUCGGAGCGCGGCGGCGCCGCCACAAGUUGCGCUGCCGGCGGCGAGGUAACCGAAGACAGAAAGCGGGCCUCAAAAUAAACCCUCGAAGGAAGAAGGGAUUUGCCUACAUUUGGCUCUGAGCAGGUCCCGGCGGCCAGGUGGCAGUUUAUCUGAUCGGAUGCUGGGGAGCUCACUGGUCCCGAGGUCUACACAUGAAGUCACCGUAAAGGAGAAGAUAACAUUUCUAGAAGAGCAAAUCAAACAGACGCCAAGAGUUGAAGCCCAUGUGCCAAACUAAACCUGAUGGCCAGUUCUACAAAAGUUGUCAUUGUUUGAGGGCGGCUCCCGCAUCGUGAAGACCUCGUCUCCGCGAGGUGAGGCUAAGAUGAGCAUAACCAGCGACGAGGUGAACUUCCUGGUGUAUCGCUACCUCCAGGAGUCAGGUUUUUCCCACUCGGCGUUCACGUUCGGUAUUGAGAGCCACAUCAGCCAGUCCAACAUCAAUGGGACGCUAGUGCCGCCAGCUGCCCUCAUCUCCAUCCUGCAGAAGGGACUUCAGUAUGUGGAGGCCGAGAUCAGCAUCAACGAGGAUGGCACGGUGUUCGACGGCCGCCCCAUAGAGUCCCUGUCCCUGAUCGACGCGGUGAUGCCUGACGUGGUGCAGACGCGGCAGCAGGCCUUCCGGGAGAAGCUCGCUCAGCAGCAGGCCAGUGCGGCGGCCGCGGCCGCAGCGGCUGCAGCCGCGGCGGCCACGACGGCCGCGGCGGCCCCGACAGCCGUUGCUCAGCAACAUCCACCAAAGAACGGAGAGGCCACGGUGAACGGGGAGGAGAACGGAGCCCACGCGAUAAAUAAUCAUUCGAAACCAAUGGAAAUAGACGGGGACGUUGAGAUUCCACCCAACAAAGCCACAGUCCUUCGGGGCCACGAGUCCGAGGUGUUCAUUUGUGCCUGGAACCCUGUCAGCGAUCUCCUAGCUUCAGGAUCCGGAGACUCAACGGCAAGGAUAUGGAACCUUAACGAAAACAGCAACGGGGGCUCCACGCAGCUCGUGUUGAGGCACUGUAUACGAGAAGGGGGCCAUGACGUCCCCAGUAAUAAAGACGUGACCUCCCUGGACUGGAACAGCGACGGGACGCUGUUGGCCACAGGCUCCUAUGAUGGUUUUGCGAGAAUAUGGACGGAAGAUGGCAACCUGGCCAGCACCUUAGGGCAACACAAAGGCCCCAUCUUUGCCUUGAAAUGGAACAAAAAGGGGAAUUACAUUUUGAGUGCUGGUGUAGACAAAACAACAAUUAUUUGGGACGCCCACACAGGAGAAGCCAAACAACAGUUUCCGUUUCAUUCCGCCCCCGCUCUCGACGUAGACUGGCAGAACAACACUACCUUUGCCUCCUGUAGCACAGACAUGUGUAUUCACGUCUGCAGACUCGGCUGCGACCGCCCCGUCAAAACCUUCCAAGGACACACGAACGAGGUGAACGCCAUCAAAUGGGAUCCUUCUGGAAUGCUGCUAGCGUCCUGCUCUGAUGACAUGACAUUAAAGAUCAGGAGUAUGAAGCAGGAUACGUGUGUCCAUGACCUUCAGGCCCACAGCAAAGAGAUCUACACCAUAAAGUGGAGUCCCACCGGGCCUGCCACCAGCAACCCAAAUUCCAACACCAUGCUAGCCAGCGCUUCGUUCGAUUCUACGGUCCGACUGUGGGAUGUGGAGCGAGGCGUCUGCGUCCACACGCUAACUAAGCAUCAGGAGCCUGUCUACAGCGUAGCUUUUAGCCCUGACGGGAAAUAUUUGGCCAGUGGCUCCUUCGAUAAGUGCGUGCACAUCUGGAAUACUCAGAGUGGAAGUCUUGUCCACAGCUACCGAGGCACUGGCGGCAUCUUCGAGGUGUGCUGGAAUGCCCGAGGGGACAAAGUGGGUGCCAGCGUGUCCGAUGGCUCUGUGUGUGUUUUAGAUCUCCGAAAGUAAACAGAAACUAUUCUAGAAGAGAAUUCUAACGGACCAGCAGUGAAUGUGUGAAGCAGCAAUGCUCAGACACCGUUCUUUCCGCUCCAAAACUGUACGAACUUGACUUGCAUUAGAGUGUACUUGGAAAUCAGUUCAUCCUGGCCACAGGAGUCUCUACUUUCUCAUAAUCUUCAUCAAGAAGUUUAAACCAGAAACAUACACAGUCAUAUCAAAGGGGGAAGGAAUGGUUUCCACCCAGAACAUUCAGCCUGGGAAGCAUGGAGCCACCGGCUAGGCGGGGCACGGUUUGCUUUCCAUCCAGAACAGGCUCUGAUAGUUGAGAGGAGAAAAGACGAAGAGGAGAAAAAAGAAAAAAAGCUGUGCCAAAAAAGAAAAAAGAAAAGAAAAAAGAAAAAUGCUGUGAUAAAACCAAAAGUGGGGGAGGGGACUCUCCUCCACGUGGUGGGUUCGUUUUUUCCCCCUAACAAUUUGGACACUGCACUUGCUCUCACAAAGGAUGUUCAAAGACCAGUUUGUACCGAUGAAAUGCGCAACUUUGUAAUCCCAACACUUUCUAUUUUCUAGAAUCUUCUUUGUCCGGUGGUUUUUCUAUUGGCUGGAAUCCUGUCGUCCGGGGGCCUUCGGUCUGAGAUGGAAACUGGUUUUGGUUUGUUGCUUCCUUCCCACUGUGUGCCCCCUCCACCUCUCCUUCGUGCGGUGUGGUGUUGAUUUGACUACACCUUCCGUAGACGCAGCCUCGUGGACACCAUGCCAGAAUCUCUGACGGUCGGCUUUCCCAUCCCUUCGUCCUCCCCUCCGCCCUUCCUCCCUCUCCCUCACCGCCCCUCGCUCACUCGCUGUCCCUUUCUCAUAGUUGCUUCGGAUCUUCGGUCUCAAGGGCACUUUCGGCGCAUAAUAAGUGCUUUAUGUAAGAAGGCAGGGCACGGGGACUUUUUACAGGAGAAAAAAAAAUACUUAUAAGAGAAAGAGCCCGGAGUAUUUUUGGAAAAAAAAAUAUUUUUAUGUUAAAACAAUUUUAAAAUCCUAAAAUGGCCAUCAGACACAGAGAGCUUUGUGUGAUUCAUAUUUUAAGCAAAUCUUAGGAGGACACAGGCAGGGUCUGAGGUGGCCUUUCCGUUCCCUGCAGCAUCGUGAAAGGCGGUUAGGAAUCUGGGUGGAAAAGUCUGGGUGGGUCCUGGGGGUCGGCGGGGGGAUGCUUCUGCAGCGAGAGACGCAAAUCCCGGCGCUUUUUGGUUCAAAGAAGAGUGUCGCAUCGUUUCGGGGGUGUUCACCCUCGUAGCCGGCACGAGAGGAGUCAAGAACAGAGCCCUCUGACCCCAGGAAGCAUUUCCCAAACCAAAUGGAAUUGAAGAAGCCAUCCACACUGACAGCCGGGCUCCCUGUCACCUGUUAGCGACCUCUCGUUCACGGCGCUCUGAGUACCCACGGUCGCUUCACCGAGAGCGGUUGACCGGUCCUUGCACAGCUCACCUAAAAGCCUCCGGGAUCUCACCCGGUGUGAUAGUGACAGAAACGAACGGGAAAGGGAGACUCUCAGUCCUGAAGGUGAAUUACGUAGGUAGAACAUCACUAAUAAUUUCUGCCGUCUUCAUCAUUUCUUUCUCUCACAAGAGACCAGGAGAAAGAUUUUUUUUUUUAAAUAAUGAAUCUUUUUACUGUUUUUAAAAAAUUAAACAUGGCUUUGUGUUCCUAGAGGAGUUUCCUUUCAUUGGAUCAGGUGCCCUUUGUACUCUCGUCCUAAGCCGACACUGACCUGUUUUUUACAUUAGCAUCGGGGAAGGAGCGAAAGAUUGGGCCUCUUCUCUCCUCUGUUUCCCAGUGGGCAUACGAAGGGGCGAGGAAGCUGGUCAGGCCCGGGGGCAGGGGUGCCGGUCGGGGGCAGGCUUCGGCUGGGUGCGCUUCCCAGCAGUGAGACAGGGUGUCGUUUGGAGGGUGGCGUCCGUCCGUGAAGCCAAAAUCCAGCCGGCAGGACAGCGGCCUCCCGCAGAACGUGGAAUGUGCGGGGACCGGCGGCAACAGCCAGGGUGUGUUCUUCCUUCUAGAUCGUUCAUUGCCCUCCGCUUGGAUACCCGAGUUAUGCAAGCCCCGUCUGUAGAAGACCAAAAAGGGCUCUGUGUACAAGCUGGGUAUCUGAUUCAGGCUGCGUUCCCUAAGUGUUUAGCCCGGAAGGUCCGAGUUCUGUGGCGUCACAUUCCCGUUUUUGAAGGUCGCAGACGACGACCGCCUGCCCUAAGAAGUCAUUAGGUUUGGGACGCUGUUUGCUGGGGAUCCAGACCAACACCGUCUUGACCCCUACCCCAAGUAAAAAUGUCACCUCUGCAGAGAAGUUGUUGAGGGUUGGGCCACGGUCAGCAUGUGGCUCGUGUCUUACAAGCCAGUCGACGUCGGGCGGUCAUGGUGGGAUGUCCUGUCGGGUUCACUGGAUAAGCUUCCCGUGGACGUCAGUGGCCGGGGUCCUGUGGAGCUGUGGGCUUUAGCCUCGUGAUUCAUAAGUCUGAAUCACGUGGGAAUGAUCAGCUGGGAGCCACGGGCUGCAAGGCACAGAAUGGAGCUGGGGUGACAGAGGCAGAUGGUCCCCAACCCUGCCUCCCCCCCACCCCCAGCAGCCGCAGGAGAGGAGCACCCGGGCCUGAAGAGGGACGGAGCCUGAGCACGCAGGGCAGGCCUCCGGCCCACCCCCACCCUCGGCACGACAGCUGUCCGCUGAGCCUCUCACGUCGGCGACUUCCAGCAAGCCGGGAGGUUCCCCUUCACCGAGGGGUGGCCCUCGUGGGAAGUUCCUGUUUGCCAUUGUUUACGGCUCUUAAACAAUGGUGGGUAAACGCUGAAGUCUUAGUGACCAAAUUGAACCUUGAUUCUGAAAGCAGAGUAACACAGUCAUCCUUCCUGGAAUCUUCGCUCGGGCUUGAAAUGACCAAGAGCGUGUCCUGGGGUCUGAAGUGACCAAGAGCAUGUGCUGCACCACAGGGUCUAAACCCUCUGACCCCACACGACACCCGGGACUUGACCUCCGUCUUGUCUUUCUAAAACUAGAUCACGGAGCCCAGUGAAGUGCACUUUGUCAAAUGUAAGGGUCUGCUUUAUUCCUUGUUACUUUACUCUAUUUUUUAACCUUCUGUUCCAUCUUGUUUUUUCUUUCUUUUAUCCUGUUUCUUGUCAAAUGCAGAAAUGUUCCUUCCGCCACUCACUGAAGUUUUGAAUUCUGGCUUCUGCAGUUUUUAUUGUCUGUGUCAGAUGUACAGCCAGAUGUGGUCCUCUGUCUGCAUUUUCUAGAUUCGGUUCCGUUCACAUCACCCCUCGUUUCGUCGUCCUCCACCCCCACUCACCUUCACGCUCUCUGAGAAGAAGAAUCACUUUGUGUGUCGUAGCUCAUUUGUUUCAAGAGAAAAUCAACAGAUCAUACUCAGUGUCUUGAAUAAAUUGCUCUAUUUUGAUAUUA